AUGUCUGGUUGUACGGAGCAUACCAUAUUCUGGCUUACGAUAUCUACCGGAGACAAUCGUGGUAUAAUGUUCGGUGGCAUCUACGGCAAUUCAGAGAGCGAGCGAACAUUGAUGAAAAAAAAGAUAUGGAAGACGUGCGAAACAUCAACCGGCCAUGACAUAACGUCGGAGGGGCGGCUCGAUGAAGAGUUGGCCGUAUGGCAUGAGAAGGCGGACCAGUGGUUCGGUUUCACGUACGCAGACGAAAAGGACUACCUUUUCCUUAUUUCAAAGGAGAAGGAUGACAACGAGGAGGUCGCGAAGGUCCUCCAAUCAGCGAAACCGGAGGACUUCUGGGCCUACAGAAAGUUCGCCAUGGAGCCAGAAGACUUGAUUCGCGUGGUGGAAGAGGGCGUCGCAACGCCGGAAAUAGCCAAGAUGAAGGAUCGGAUCGUGGUCGCAGAUCCUCCAACCCUCGCAAAUAAAGAACUCAGCCAGGUGAUAUGGCAUGGUGGUCACUCGAGCCUCCCGCCUUCCGGCGACUUCAAGAGCUUUGCGAAGAAGGAUAAGGCCAUCAAGCACGCGACACUCGAGCUUGAUAAGCCGCGGGAUAGUCUUUGGACUCCAACCUCAUUGACGACAGACGAAGAGCGCGCCCCUUGGGUUGGUGUUGUCCGGGUCAAAUGCCCUGUGAAGGGCGAGAAAGAGAGCCGAUUUGGUGACGAUCCACGGUAUCUCAGUGUGUGA